GUGUGUGUGUGUGUGUGUGUGUGUGUGUGUGUGUGUGUGUGUGUGUGUGUGUGUGUGUCGGCGCCUCAGCACCAUGCCAAGGUCUUUCCUGGUGAAAAAGGUGAAACUGGAUGAUUUCUCCACCGCGGCGGAUUUGGAGAACGCCUACCGGCACAGGACAGACCUCAGCCUGCGGCUGCAUGACAAAGCUGCUUACAUCAGUGACUACAUCAGCCCAGUGGUGUACGAUGGAGAGAGUGACAGCGGCAUCAAGGUGCCCUCACCCGAUCCCCUCUACGACGGCAUCCACAGCGACUACGGCGCUCCCGACUCCGAGUCUCCGGACAGCCCCGGCUCGGAGAUCACAGAUGGCUACAUCAACGGCGACGCGGCGGUGAGCGAGGGCUACACGGUCGACGCCUUCUUCAUCACCGACGGCCGCUCCAGGAGGAAAGCUCUGGGCAGCCCCAGGACCAUCCAGAGGCACACCUGCAACGAGUGCGGCAAAACCUACGCCACGUCUUCCAACCUGAGCCGGCACAAACAGACACACCGCUCGCUGGACAGCAAGCUGGCAAAGAAAUGUCCGACCUGCGGGAAGGUGUACGUGUCCAUGCCCGCCAUGGCCAUGCACCUGCUCACCCACGACCUCAAGCACAAGUGUGACGUGUGCGGCAAGGCGUUCAGCCGGCCCUGGCUUUUACAGGGUCACAUGCGCUCGCACACGGGGGAGAAACCGUUCGGGUGCGCCCACUGUGGGAAAGCGUUCGCUGACCGCUCGAACCUGCGCGCUCACAUGCAGACCCACUCGGCCUUCAAGCACUUCAAGUGUAAACGCUGCAACAAGACCUUCGCGCUCAAAAGUUACCUGAACAAGCACUACGAGUCCGCCUGCUUCAAAGGCCCGUUCUCCCCCCUCAGCCCUCUAGAUGCAUGACC